AUGUCCCGGCCAUGGCUGUCGGACUUUCUUGGUGUUGUUCGCGGGGCACAAACUGUGGCCAGUGCUGUUGUAAAACAUCAGGAGGAAUGUAUAAGACGAACUGUCGAUCGGUCCAGUUUAAAAGUUUUGGCAGAAGAGAACUUGCAAAAAAUGGGAAAGAAGUGGAGCAACAUAGAUCCAAGUAAGGUUCCCGCCGAUUUAGUGUCAGAAUUUAAAGAAACUAUUGGACGUCUCUCGGUAGUCGAGAAAGGUAUUUCUCAAUAUGCAAAAGUUAGGAGCAAUGAAGUUCUAGGAGUCCCUGAAAAACGCAACUAUGAAAGAAAAGUCGACGGCACAGUGUUACGUACAGUUAAUCCUGCCAAGGACCCAGUUGAAGUAUCUGCAGAAGAUUUAGAAGAAAUAACACCAAGAAAGUUCUCAAGUGUAAAGGAAAAGAUUGAGGUGAUCACGAAGGAUGAAAAGAAGGUGCCGAAAAUACAACUCUCUAAAAAGGAAAAAGAGAUUCUUAGAAAAUUAGAACUUGAACAUGAACGCAAAAUGAAUGUAAAAAAGACGACAAAAAGUACAGAGAAAAAUGAAGAAAAGAAGGGAACAUCAAAGGUGGAAGAAAAUCCAAUUAGCAAACCAUCUUUUAAACCUAGACAAUCUCUGUCAUCAAGUGCUCGAGAGAGCAAGGUACCAUCGACAAGAAUUCAGAGAAUGGUGAGCUUCGGCACUCUUGGCGUAGGCCUUGGUCUUGGCACUCUGGCAGAGUAUACACGUAGAACUUUUGGCCUUCGUGACCUACGCCCUGGUGAAAGUUUAGAUAGUGUCUUUCUAUCGAAAGCAAAUGCUGAGAGAAUUGUAUCAACUAUGUGCAAAGUCAGAGGUGCUGCUUUAAAAAUUGGCCAAAUUUUGAGUAUCCAAGACAACUCCAUUAUAAGUCCGGAAUUACAAAAAGCCUUCGAACGAGUAAGACAGAGUGCCGACUUUAUGCCAACUUGGCAGGUUCAUAAAGUUUUGGCUAGCGAGCUAGGUCACGACUGGAGAAAGAAAGUAGCCAAUUUUGAAGAGAAGCCAUUUGCUGCUGCUUCAAUUGGACAAGUGCAUCAUGCAACGACACUUGAUGGCCGUAGCGUGGCAAUGAAAAUCCAAUAUCCAGGAGUAGCGCAAGGAAUCCAAAGUGACAUCGAGAACUUAGUUGGAGUGAUGAAGGUGUGGAACAUCUUCCCAAAGGGAAUGUUUAUUGAUAAUCUAGUGGAAGUAGCAAAGAAGGAACUUGCAUGGGAAGUAGAUUAUCGAAGAGAAGCGGAGUGUUCGAAGAAGUAUUCAGACCUUGUAGCACCAUAUCCGGAGUACUACGUACCAAAAGUUAUAGAUGAACUAUGUACAAAACAAGUUUUCACUACGGAACUGAUCGAUGGCAUUCCUGUUGACAAAUGUACAAAUAUGGAUAUGGAGACCCGGGAACACAUUGGUAAAUUGGUCAUGAAACUUUGCCUGAAGGAACUAUUUGUGUUUCAAUACAUGCAAACUGAUCCAAACUGGUCCAACUUUUUUUAUAACCCUGAGACUAGACAGUUGAUAUUGCUUGACUUUGGUGCUUGCCGAAGUUAUGAUAAGACAUUCAUGGAUAAGUACAUUGAAAUAAUCAAUGCAGCUAGUCAAGGUGAUCGUAAUAAGGUCCUUGUGUUAUCCAGAGAAAUGGGAUUUCUUACCGGCUAUGAAUCAAAGCUUAUGGAACAAACACAUGUCGAUGCUGUCAUGAUUUUGGGGCAAGUAUUCAGUGGAAAACAGAAUUUCUAUGACUUUGGAGCACAGAACGUAACUAAGAGAAUACAAACGCUGGUACCGACAAUAAUAUAUCAUAGACUUUGUCCGCCUCCGGAGGAAAUUUACAGUUUGAAUCGAAAACUUUCUGGAGUAUUUCUACUCUGCGCCAAGUUUAAAAUUAGGAUCAACUGUCGAGACAUGUUUCGAGAGAUAUAUAACAAUUAUCAAUUUGAUUAAUUGACUGCAUAAUGGUGAAAUGAUCUCCAUUAUUUUUAAUGUAAAAGCGUGUGAAUGAUAGUACAAUUGCUUGAACAAGAACCUGUGAGAUUGUUAAUAAUUCUCUUUUUAAUGCAGUGCUAACUCUUAAAUAUCAGUUUCUUUUUCAAGGCUUUGACAACAGAUAUAUCUUAUUUUUAACACUUUUAUUUCAGCUUUGAUAGAUUUUUCAUCAGUUCUGUUUCUUUACAAACGGUGGAAUUUUUUGGUUUCAUUUUCUUCUUUCCAUCACCCUUUCGUAUAAUGUCAUAAUGCAAUAAUUGAAUACAUUAAGUAGUGAUAAAAUGGAUUUUUUCUACCCCUUAAAUAUUAAGAUGUAUGAUGUUAGAAAACUCAUGGCUAUUCAUAUUUAGUGAAACCUUCAUUCUGAUGCUGUACACAACAUGCUGAUAGGUAAUACAACUGAUGUUUACAAUUUGGUA